UCCCUUCUUUCCUCACACACUUCCUCUCACACUACCCUCUUCUUCUUGUUCUUCUUCUUCUUCAAAUCUGAUCUGAUCAGGUUUUCAUUUUCAUCUUCUUCUUCCUUUCCUUUUUCUCUUCUUCAACCAUGUUAACCAGUGAAAAGAGUCCAAUCUAGAUCAGAAUUCACAAACCAACCAUGAGCUCAUUCCAGGAUUUUGAAUCCUCUCCAAGCAAAGACAUGAUUAACACAGGCCUCAACAACACUAUCACAAACCUAACCCCAUCCUUAAACUUCUCCUCAGCAUCAUCGUCUUCCACAACAACAUCAGCAACAACAACGACAACAACCUCUUCAUCACCACCUUCCACCCCAAGCCGCUACGAGAACCAAAAGCGUAGAGACUGGAACACUUUCGGGCAGUACCUCAGAAACCACAGGCCCCCACUUUCCCUCUCUCGCUGCAGUGGUGCCCAUGUUCUUGAGUUCCUCAGAUACCUCGACCAGUUCGGGAAAACCAAGGUUCACACACACCUUUGUCCCUUCUUUGGCCAUCCAAACCCUCCUGCACCGUGUCCCUGUCCUCUGCGCCAAGCAUGGGGGAGCCUUGAUGCCCUCAUAGGGCGUCUCAGAGCUGCGUUUGAAGAGAACGGUGGAAAACCUGAGGCCAACCCUUUUGGUGCUCGUGCUGUGAGACUCUACCUUCGUGAAGUUCGUGACUCUCAGGCCAAAGCUAGAGGCAUCAGCUACGAGAAAAAAAAGCGCAAGCGUCCACCUCAACCACCUUCAUCAAAUGCUACCUCUCAGUAGUAUAUAUAAUAUAUAUGCAUAUAUAUAAAGUUGUGAUUUGUUUGACAUGUGAGGUUAUUGAAGGUUUUAAAUUGCGGUUGAGGGCUUCCCUUGAUGUUAUUGUUGACAAAAGGAAAUUUCAGGCAAGUAUAAUUUACGUGGCUGGGGAAGUGUUCAGAGGUUUGAUAAUAUUGCAAUAAUAAGGGUUGCAGUUGUGAUGCUUGCUUGAUUUGAAACCUGCAAUGUAAGACUUGCCCUGAGGAAAAAGAAGAACUGUGCUAUGGAAACUGCAGUGUUACUGGUAGAAGGGCUAGCUCGAAGGGUGUGAAAGAAGUGAGAGGGGUUAUUGUGUGACCUAUUCACUGUCAAAUUUGUAAUAAAUAUGUUUAUGUACUUGAAGGAGGGUCAUUUAUGACGAGUAAUGAAUUUGCA